CUCGAAUUUCACAUGACGAGAAAAUGUUAUUCUCUUCAAUCUGCAAAGACGAUUCUUGUCGAUGUGCUCCAUACCCUUGAUUUUUAUGUACCAUGCCGCUUCUGCUUCUGCUUCUGCAUAUUCGUAUCGUACAUAUUCUUUAAUCUUUUUCUGGGGUCGUUGAGAAAAACCGAACAUAAGCAUAAGACCGUCAUCGAUCUGGUUCUAGCCAAGAUUCCACCGAUUCCGCUAUUACCUACCCUUGUCUAUUAUUGUGCGGAUCACCACUAGCUUGCUUAGCUCCAAAACUUACAACUUUUGAACUUUUUUUUCUCCUUUUGCAUUGUUCUUUUCAACAUCUUACCUUAACCCAUAUACUUAAAAGGGGUAGCAACCCUUUGUUUGCAGUACUGACAAGAGAGCCCAUUGGAUCAGGACGUAUUCAAACGUCCAAACGGGAUAAUGUCGGACCAUGACACCACCACGUUGGAUAUCCGCGAUGAAGAGAAGCUCGACGACUUAGAGCAAGGUGUAAAGCCAUCUAACAACAACACCACUCGCGCCAGCUCCUCGGCAAGUACCGCACGGGAGGAAACUGCGCCAAAGAAUGAAAAUACACCUGCUCCUGUUAUCGCGAAUGAGGCAGGAACUCCAGCCGAAGGUGCAGCCCCGGCUCCAAACAAAGCGGAAUUCGAAACGGGACGAACGCAAUUCGAGACGACCGUCAUCGUUUUCGCGCUCUGCUCGGCACUUUUCCUCGCCGCUCUCGACGUCACCAUCAUCACGACUGCGAUCCCGACGAUCGUCGAGCAGUUCAACUCUCCGGCGGGAUACACGUGGAUCGGCGCAGCCUACUUACUAGCGAACUCGGCCACCGUGCCCAGCUGGGGAAAGAUAUCGGACAUAUGGGGGCGUAAGCCGGUGCUCUUGGCAGCGGUGGGAAUUUUCUGGAUCGGAUCGCUGAUAUGCGCGUUGAGCGUCAACAUCGGGAUGCUGAUUGCCGCCCGCGCCAUUCAGGGUAUCGGUGGUGGUGGCAUCGUCGUACUCACUAACAUCUGCGUCGGUGAUUUGUUCUCCAUGCGGAAGAGAGGCAUGUACUAUGCUUUCUUCGGAAUGGUCUGGGCCAUUGCCUCUGCCAUCGGACCUAUCCUCGGAGGCGUCUUCACGUCCAAGGUCACUUGGCGUUGGUGUUUCUACGUGAACUUGCCGAUCAGCGGCGUCGGCUUCUUCAUACUCCUAUUCGUCCUGAAGUUACACAACCCGCGGACGCCGGUCCGCCAAGGUCUCACCGCUAUCGAUUGGUUGGGCAGUCUCCUUAUCAUCGGUGGGACAAUUAUGUUCUUGUUCGGAUUAGAGUUUGGUGGUGUUACUUACCCGUGGAAUUCGGCACCAACGAUAUGCUUGAUCGUGUUCGGCAUUGUAACAAUCGGAAUAUUCGUCGCGGUCGAGAAGUGGUACGCCAAGUAUCCGGUCAUACCCCUUCGACUCUUCAAAUUCGGGAAAAAUAUAUCGACGUUUGCAAUCUGCAUGGCCCACGGCUGUGUUUUCAUAUCCGGAAGUUAUUAUUUGCCCCUGUAUUUCCAGGCCGUUUUGGGCGCCUCGUCGCUUCUCUCCGGUGUUUACCUGUUGCCAUAUGUGCUCGCGCUUUCAUUCAUGUCGAUCGGUUCAGGUCUAUUCAUGAGGAAGACGGGUAAAUAUCUCCCAGCCAUCAUCUUUGGCAUGUUCUUCAUGACACUCGGCUUCGGCUUGUUUAUCGACCUUGGUCCCAAGGCCAACUGGGCCAAGAUUAUUAUAUACCAGAUCAUCGCGGGUAUCGGUGUCGGACCGAACUUCCAAUCGCCACUUAUCGCGCUCCAAACAUCCGUUGAGCCCCGUGAUAUCGCAGCAGUGACGUCUACCUUCGGCUUCGUCCGCCAACUUUCAACCUCUAUCUCUGUCGUUAUUGGCGGCGUGGUAUUCCAAAACGGGAUGCAACGACAGUACCCAACUCUCCUGGCCCAGCUCGGCCCAGAACUUGCCGCUCAACUCUCGGGUGGGAGUGCAGGCGGUAAUGUCGCGCUAGUAGCCUCCUUACCCGGAGAGCAAGGCGAAAUAGCUCGCGGCGCCUACUGGAACAGUUUGCGCGACAUGUACAUCAUGUACACGGCUAUUUCCGCAGUAGGCCUCCUCGUGAGCCCGUUCAUCAGCCAGAGGACGCUCAGCCGGGAACACCAAGAACACAAGACGGGGCUCGACAGUCUUCGUCAAAAUGGCGAGGGCGGCGCAAAGGCCGAAAAGGCUAAGGAAAAGAAUGGUCAAUAGUGCGAACUAGAUUUUGAUUUUGAUAUUGAUUUUGGCUGGAUUUUUUGGGCCGGUAAUUUGCAACGAUAUUAGUAAUGUUAGUACGGCAUCUACGUGUAUAAAGAAUGAGCGCAUGAACGGCGCGAUUGGAGCGUGUCGAGUUUUUUAGGUAGUGAAGGAUGAGUUUAACAUAUCCGGAUCCCAUCACAUCAUAGAAUAUAGAGACGAUCUACCUACUUAUAUGGAGGGUUGAUGUUUGUGUGAUUGAGCUGUUCGGUCCAAGUUAAGCGAUACGUACGUAAGAAUGUUGGAAACAUUUAUGGGAGCCGCCCUGGUGUUAAGAUGGGCUGUUGGGCUAACAGACACCAAGCCUUGCCAAGAUUCGUAGAUAAAGCCCAUGUCCGCUAUACCGCCUAGCGGACCUAGUCCGCGGGCUUGGAACUCGCGCGAUAGCUCUUUUAUAGCCCUACGAGCCCUUUUCUUAGUUCUAUGCAAACUAGAGCACGUCGGGA